AUGUACCAUUCGGAAAACGAUCGCUCGCUCUCUACACCGGCUGCCAUCGGAAUCGGCAUCGCUAUUGGCAUCGUCUGCACCGUACUGGUCCUUGUUACAGUACUGUUGCUACACCGCGCAUGGAGACUUCGCCGUUCACCACCAGUAAAGCAGUACAGGCAAGCCAAGUUAUGGAAGGGCUUCGAGCCGGUCACUCCGAGCACCGCGAGAACUACUUUCGUUGGAACCAAGAUGACCAACAUAUACUUGACGGAGCUACCAACACCGGUCACACCUGCCUUCCUUAUGAGCCCACCGUUGCGGGGAGAGGAAGUAGACGGCUAUAGCUAUGUUGAGAGUCUACGCACGAACUCCAUCACGUCUCUCAGUGAUCGUGCCCAGCAGAUCCCAACUCUGCUCACGACUACGAACAAGAACAACCUGCGCCUUCUACUCGUCGCUGCCUGUAAAUGUACAGGAUCUUGCAACUGGCUCGUUGAGAUCCUGCGCGCUCUCCCAGGCUUCAGCGUCGCCAACUCCUGUCGCGUCGAUGAGAUUGUCCCCACGCUCUUUGCCCUCAGCGCAAGCACCCUGGACUCCCUGCUACAACGCCUCGUCGGCGGGGCGCGCAAGGUGGUCAUUCAAAUGUUUACGCACAUCAACAAGCACAGCGUCAGCAGCAUCACUGCCCUGCUGCAGACUCGCAUGUGUAGGUUAGACAUGAUGAUCUCGCGGAACCUCCCCCGCCACGACCGUCGCCAGCCACACCAGAAGAAAGCACAGCCGGCUCCUCUUGCAAGUCUGGCGGGAGUUCCAGUCGAGCUAUUUGGCAUGAUUGUACGCCAUCUUGCGUGCUGCGACAUUCGCUCUCUCCGACAGACGUGCAACAAGGAGCUCGUGGGCAGAUGCAAAGACAGCUUCUACAACAUUGUCGAUCCGACCACCGCUUCCCUCCACAUGAGUCCCAAAUGA